AUGGAUAUAACUCCAACAUUUUCUCCAAACAUAAGACCAAUCAUACAUCAUCACCAAACAGUACCACCUUUUACUAUACCACCACCUGAUCAAUCAAAUUCUCUCUCUCCUCUAUCUUCUCCCUCCUUGCUAUCACUACAUCAAUUUCAACUUAAUCAACAACUACUAUUACAACAAACAAACAAUAAUAUAAACAAUGUAGUCGAUAUAAAUAAUAAUAAUAACAAUAAUAAUAACAAUAAUAAUAAUAAUAAUAAUAAUAAUAAUAAUAAUAAUAAUAAUAAUAACAAUAUAAACCCUGUAAAUACGAAUAACAACAAUGCUAAUUUUCAAAGAGUUUUAAAUAAUAACGAAAAUGUAAAUAAUUUUAACACAGUAAAUACAAAUGUAUCACCAUCAACAAAUACAACUCCUAACAGUGUUGGACAUUUAAGAGUUGAUAUACCAAAUAAUAAUAAUGCGGCAGUUGAUAAUAAUAUCAAUAAUAAUAAUUUUAAUAAUAAUAACAAUAAUGCAACACCAAAUAUAGAGCUAACAACACCAAACUCAUUAAGCGUACCAACUACACCGAUGGUUGCCCCCCAGAUGCCAUUUUCUCAACCACCACCCUUACUAAGCUCAAUGAAUACUCCUAUAAAUAACUCAACUUCAAACCCAUCAACCCCAAGAAAUGAUAGAGAUUUAUUAAGAAGACUAGCUGUAACAAAUAGCAACAGUAACAACAUUUUGUCGCCAAAUACAUUUAGUUUAAAUAGUAAUAGCAACAACAGUACGUCUCCAACUCUACAACCAUUGAAUAUAAAUAGUAACUCAUCACCCACUACCACAACCACUACCACUACCACCACUACAAAUUCAAAUCUCAACAACUUAUCAAUUGAAAUGGAUGAACAAGUUGUUCCAAAACAAUCAUCUCCACUUAUAACUUCUUCAAAAAAAAGGAUAAAAUUAAAUGUAUAA